UGGGGGGCUACGUCAGACAUAAGCAAGGUCAGCGGCGUAAAACCAAACCCGGCCGCUUCAAUAAGCGAUGUUUGAGUUAUGAGAUUUAAAUAUAAUCUGAAAAUAUAUCUGCUUGUGUAAUACGUGGUGGAUCUGUGGGACACCGGAUGCGAAUUUGUGCCGUUAAUAGGAGUAACGCAGUGCACGUAACUGUAGCGCGUAAGUAAAGAACCAUGAAUUACUCCCGGUUUCUGACGGCUGUCAGCGCCGCCAGGAGGCCCUCCCCCAUCCGCAUGCUGACUGAGCUGCAGCAGCGGUCUCCCCCCUCUCUCAUAUCUUUGGCUGGAGGGGCUCCAAACCCCAACACCUUCCCCUUCCAAUCAGCCUCCAUCAAGCUGAAGAGCGGAGAAACAGUCAACUUCGAUGAAACCCUGAUGAAGAGGGCCUUGCAGUACUCCGCUUCCAAUGGCAUCCCAGAGCUGCUGACGUGGAUGAAGAACCUGCAGAAGAGCCUCCACAACCCCCCAACAGCCAGCUACAGCCCUGACAGAGGCCAGAUGGACAUGUGUGUCACCACCGGGAGCCAAGAGGGGCUUUGUAAGGUGUUUGAGAUGCUCGUCAACCCCGGAGACAACGUUCUGCUGGACGCUCCGACUUACUCAGGGACGCUCGCGGCGCUCCAGCCGCUCGGCUGCAACUUAAUCAACGUCCCCGGUGACCAGCACGGCAUGGUACCUGCAGCUCUGAAGGAGGUGCUGUCUCGCUGGGAUCCGUCAGAGGUUCACAAGCCGGGCAGCACCGCUCCGAAGAUCCUCUACACCAUCCCCAAUGGAGGAAACCCCACCGGCGCCUCCAUGACCGCUCAGAGGAAAAGAGAAGUCUAUGAGCUGGCGCGGCAGUACGACAUGCUCAUCAUCGAGGAUGACCCCUACUACUUCCUGCAGUUUGAAAAGCCGUGGGCGCCCACCUUCCUCUCCAUGGACGUUGACGGCAGAAUCAUCAGGACCGACUCCUUCUCGAAGAUCCUGUCUUCAGGAUUGAGAAUCGGCUUUGUGACCGGUCCCAAGCCGCUGGUGGACCGGGUGGUGCUUCACAUCCAGGCCUCCACGAUGCACACCAGCUCCUUCACACAGCUGAUGGUGUCCCAGCUGCUGCACGGUUGGGGUCAGGAUGGCUUCCUCCAGCACAUAGACGGGGUGAUUGAGUUUUACAGGACACAGCGGGACGCCAUGAUUUCUUCUGCAGACAAGUGGCUCAAAGAUGUGGCAGAGUGGCACGCCCCGUCUGCAGGCAUGUUCCUUUGGAUCAAAUUAAAGGGAAUCACAGACACCCAGCAGCUCAUUAUGGAGAAGGCGCUGGAGAAAGAGGUGUUGCUGGUUCCUGGAGGUGUGUUCAUGAUUAACAGCUCAGAUCCAUGUCCCUAUGUCAGAGCAGCAUUCUCCCUCUCCACCCCACAGCAGAUAGAUGAGGCGUUCAGAAGGCUGUCUUUGCUCAUUAAAGACGCUCUGUGAGGAGUGGGGGGGGGGGGCCGCAGAAGAAGAGUGGAGCCUCCGGCGAGAGAAGAUGAACCGCAUGUUCAGCGAGAAGGUCGUUUCCGUUCCCCGUGUGUCGAGUCCGCCCGUGUUUUCGUAGCAGCGGCCCCGGCUGAGGUUCUCCACACCGUCGCGGUGGGUGCUGCUGUUUGAAGCCGGGACUUCUGAGCGAACCGGUGCGUUUGUGCAGCGUUAGCAGAGCCGGGCCAAACCUGCCGGCCACUCCCUUCUUCCUCAUCCUCAUCCUCAUCCGCGUACCGUAAAGCAGUGGAUGCUACUGUAAAGUGCCGUUAUAUCGCUGUCGUGAACAGCAACGUCAGUGUUUAUAUAAAGUCUU